AGCCGGGCCGCCGCCCGCGCGGUUGUCCCAGCCGGGCCGAGCUGCGCCCGUGCGCCCCGCCCUACUCCGUGAGUGGCUCCCGGUGCGCGGUCCGCUCGGCCCCCGGCUCGGGACUUCGGACCCAAGUGCGCAGCCCCGAAAACGGCCGAAGGGGGGUUCCGGCCCGGCGGCGUCAUGGGGAAAUUUCAGUCCAAGCACGGGGACAGCUUCGUGGUGUCCGCGUACGCGAGCGGCUGCAAAGGCGCGGAGGAAACGGAGCGGCGUGCGGGAGGCUGCGCGGAGCACCGCGCGCGGGACAAGCAGGAACUGCUCAAUGGAGACUCCAAGGAGGGGCCUUUCCGGGAGGACCAGGGUCCUCUAGAAGUGGUGCUCCCCCCUGGGAAGUCUGAGAGCCAUGAGGGACAGGGUCAGUUCUUCGGCAUGGAUGAUGGGGGGGCAGCAAGCCGUGAGGGCCCACCAAGACUUGGCAAGAAGCACUUGAACAUUGAUGCUCUCCAGUGUGACGUCUCAGUAGAAGGUGACAACCGUCAGGAAUGGACGUUCACACUGUAUGACUUUGACAACAGUGGAAAGGUCACCAGGGAGGACAUGUCCAGCCUGAUGCACACCAUCUACGAGGUUGUCGAUGCUUCCGUCAAUCACUCCUCCAGCAGCAGCAAGACCCUCCGAGUGAAACUGACUGUCAGCCCUGAGCCCUCCAGCAAGAGGAAGGAGUGUCCUCCCACUGGCCAAGAUCGGGAGCCAAAUAGAGGCAGGACAGAGAGUGAGCUCAUCGAGGACCCCCGAGGAGCCGAUAGGAGGCUGUCUGCCUACAGCAGGAGGCCACAUGCUGACCCCCAGCCUUGUUCUAUGCGAGUGCCCUAUUGUGUGGAUGAGAACACUGAGCGCAGAAAUCAUUAUCUAGACCUCGCUGGCAUCGAAAACUACACAUCUAAGUUUGGUCCCGGGUCACCACCUGAACAAGCCAGGCAAGAACACCACGGCAGGGCCACACACCUUCCGAGCAGGUCCCGCUCCCAGGAGUCGGAUGCCCACGCCAUGCACCACCGCAGGUCCCAAGUGCUAGCUGACCACAUUAUACCAGCCGCUGAGCCUGCUGCCCGGGCCCUGACUGCACAGCCCCGGCUCAAGGGGCAGGAGAAGCAGUUCCUCAGGUCCCCCAAGGGUUCAGGGAAGCCACUUGGGAUGCCAGGCAGCAGCAAGCCUGGCAAAGUUCUCAGCCACUGUCUGCAGGCUGCCCCACUGCCCCAGGCCACUCAGGAUGGUCACCACCUCCCACAGCCCCCACCGCAACCCCCACCGCAGCCCUAUGGCCACAAGCGGUACCGGCAGAAGGGCAGGGAGGGUCACUCACCACUGAAGGGGCACAGCCAGCCUGCCAUGGUAGAGCAUGAGGUGGUGAGGGACCUGCCACCUGUGCUGGGGCCUGAAGGCUACACAGUGCCUGUGAUCCAGCGACAUGAACACCACCACCAUCAUGAGCACCACCACCACCACCACCAUCACCACUUCCACCCAUCCUAGUACCCAGACAAGUGUCCUGCACCCUGCCCGCAUGCCCUUGAGCACAGAGCAGGUGGUGGCAUGUGCCCAGUGGUGAGUACAGCAUCCCCUGGUCCGACACCCAGCUGCAGAUGUCAAGUGGGCACCAGGGAGAUGGUGCCAGGCUGGACAUUCAUAGACAAAGCCUUCCUCUUCUGUGUCCUUCCUCAAUACCACACGGACACCAGCACACUUGAUGCCACUGAUGGUUUGCAGGAACAAGUGCUCCUGUGUGAUCCAUGAAGCCCAGACCCGAGGGCAGAAAAGCACCUGCCCUCAUUGCUGCUUGCACAGUGUGGCCUGAGAUGUUUCAGGGACCGUGCCCAGACAUGCUUGGCAUCGUGGUGCUUCCAUCUUUGGGUGCCUCGAGUUGUUCCUGGCAUAAGCCCACGAGUGGAUAGAAAAGAUGAAAACGUUGAUGACAUUUAUUCAUUGUAAAGUCGGGCUGGACUCAGAGAGUGGCUUUUCCUGUGUACCGUGUCCUCAGUUCCCCACGUGACACCAAGCACAGCAGAACCAAGGAUGGAAUAUUAGCAAGAAAUGUGGCGGGUAUGUGAGCAGGCAGAGGUGCGAGGUGAUGCUCAGGUGGGCAGCACAAGACAGCCAGUGGUCUCCAGAGCUCCCAGCAUCCUAGGUGGACACGGAGAGGGCCCCGGGCAGGUUGGGGCGGGUCACACUGGGGGGUCCCUACACAAGGCUUUGCUUGUCUAAGCAAGCAGGGUGGACCUGAAUGUGAAUGGUCCAGUCCUGAUUCUUAUGGUGUAGCCAUGGGAUACUUUCCAAGUGUCCCUUCUACAAGGUCUGCAAGGGUGUGGGAACCUUACAAGCCAUGGUUCCAGCAAGGAACCUUGCUGGGCUCCAGCAAGGCAGGAUGCUACAAGGGGAACUUAAUUGCCUCUUGUGAGUUUGAGCUGGUGGCAUUAUGUCUUCUUAGCGUAAUAAAAAAUGGUGCAUUUUGUAGUCUA